GACAUUUUACAACCAUUAGAUCAAAAAUUUUGAAUUUACCAGUGAUAAUAAUGUUUUGGAUACUGUUUUUAUUGGUGACAACAUCGAUGGCCACAAUGAUCCAUUCGGAUAAUAUUAAUUCGACGGCCACUUUCACACAGAUGACGGAUAAAUUAAUCUCCAAACUGAAAGCUCAUAUGAUGGCUAUGCAACAACCAAAAUCACGAGGCUAUGAUAAUUAUGGUUACGGUUAUCUUGAUGGCGAUAAACGGCCCAAAUUUGGGAAUCGUUUUUUGGAUGAAAAAUCCGAUAUUUUUACUCAUAAUGCCUGGGACAAUGUUAUGUGGGAUGAAGAUUUUAAAAAAGAUAUUGUUGAAAAAGUUGCAUCCAAUUCUCGUGAUAAAGUUUCGGAUGAAAAAGCUUUGGAAUUCGAAACGAAUGCUUUUAAAUAUUGGGAUAAUUUUUAUGAAAAACAUGAAAAUAAAUUCUUCAAAGAUCGGCAUUGGAUAUUAACCGAAUUUCCCGAACUUACACCAAAUGAAACAAGAAAAAAUAUCCUGGAAUUGGGUUGUGGUGUUGGAAACACAGUGUUUCCUCUACUUGAAAUUGAUAAUCAUAAAUCUUUAUUCAUUUAUUGUUGUGAUUUUUCAGAAAAAGCUGUCAAAUUGGUUCGUGAUAAUUCUUUAUAUGAUGAAAAUCGUUGCAAUGCCUUUGUUUUAGACAUAACAGGUGAUUGGAAAUCAUCCCCAUUAAUACCACAAAGUUUGGAUAUAAUAACUAUGAUAUUUGUUCUAUCGGCUAUUGAUCCUAAAUGCCAGAAACAAGUCAUUUUAAAUAUGAUUCCUUAUCUCAAACCAAAUGGAAUAAUUUUAUUCCGUGAUUAUGGCCAAUAUGAUAUGGCACAGAUUCGUUUCAAUAAAGGUCGAUGCAUAAAGGAUAGAUUUUAUGUUCGGGGUGAUGGAACUCGUGCUUAUUUUUUCGAAGAAAAUGAAGUUGACCUAAUAUUCACCGAAACAAAGAUUCUCACGAAAAUUAAUCUUCAUGUAGAUAGACGAUUACAGGUGAAUCGUGCAAAUAAGAAAAAAAUGUAUCGUGUAUGGAUUCAAGGGGUUUUCAAAAAGAAAGAAUGAUAAAUCACAAUGACCAGGAUCGAUGAUUCAAUGAUUGUAAUAUAUAAUUUUAAAUUGAGAAAAAAAAAUUCAAAUCAUAUUGUCAUAUUUUCAAUAUAUGUAAUUACUAUUAUUAUGAUUUAUUAUUUCAUAAUAUACAACAAUACCCAAAACAAUAUGUAAAUUUUACCCAUAUUGUGUGUGUGUGUUUGAAUACAUUCUAUUCACAAUAUAAAGAAAAAAUAAAAUAAAAUUGAUAGAAACACGAUUUUUUCUAGUUUUGCUCAUCCUCCUAAAUCUUAUCAAUAGAAAGAUAGAUAGAUAGGCUAGGUCGAUGACCAAUCAUUCAUUAGCCACUGUUCGAUAUCAAUCUAUCUUUAUCACACUCUCACUCAUUAUUCAUUU